AUGGCAGUGAGCUCGAUCAAGAACUCGAUCGAGUCGAGCCUCGAACAAACGAACUCGAUCGAGCUGGGGACUGAAUGCAAGGAGCAAGCUCAAGGAGAUUGGUCUGAGCUUAAGGCGCCUAAAGUCGACCUCAAACCUUUGCCUGAGGGCCUCAGGUAUGCAUUUCUGGGUGAAAACUCAACUUACCCUGUCAUUGUGAACUCUGAUUUGGAACCUGAACAGUUGAGUGCUUUGCUUGUUGAAUUGAGGAAGUACAGAAAGGCAAUAGGUUACACUCUAGAUGAUAUCAAGGGGAUCUCCCCUGACCUAUGCAUCCAUAGGAUUCAUCUAGAGGAUGAAAGUAAGUCAAGCAUUGAACCUCAGAGAAGAUUGAACCCCAAUCUAAAGGAAGUAGUGAAGAAAGAGAUACUCAAGUUGCUUGAUGCUGGGAUAAUCUAUCCCAUCAGUGAUAGCACUUGGAUAUCUCCAGUUCAUUGCGUCCCAAAGAAAGGGGGGAUCACUGUCAUUAAAAACGACAAAGAGGAGCUGAUUCCCACUAGAACAAUAGUGGGGCAUCGCAUGUGUAUUGACUAUAGGAAGCUAAAUUCAGCAUCUAGAAAGGAUCAUUUCCCUCUCCCUUUCAUUGAUCAGAUGUUAGAAAGAUUGGCAAACCACCCUUUUUAUUGUUUUCUUGAUGGCUACAGUGGUUUCUUCCAAAUCCCGAUCCACCCUAAUGAUCAGGAGAAGACCACUUUCACAUGCCCUUAUGGCACCUUUGCUUAUCGAAGGAUGCCAUUUGGGCUGUGCAAUGCUCCAGCUACUUUCCAGAGGUGCAUGACCUCCAUUUUUUCAGAUCUGAUAGAGGAGAUGGUAGAAGUCUUCAUGGACGAUUUCUCAGUCUAUGGAGCAUCCUUCUCCUCAUGUUUGUCUAACUUGUGCAGGGUGUUGCAGAGGUGUGAGGAGACCAAUCUAGUACUCAACUGGGAGAAGUGCCACUUCAUGGUUCGAGAAGGGAUUGUGCUUGGACACAAGAUUUCCGAGAAAGGGAUCGAGCUCGAUCGAGCUAAGGUGGAUGUCAUGUUGCAGCUCCCUGUUCCCAAGACUGUGAAGGACAUAAGGAGUUUUCUGGGUCAUGCAGGGUUCUACAGAAGAUUCAUCAAGGAUUUCUCAAAGAUAGCAAGACCCUUGACAAGGCUUCUGUGCAAGGAGACAGAUUUUGAGUUUGAUGAAGAAUGCCACAAGUCUUGGACCUUGCUGAAGGAUGCUCUGGUAUCUGCGCCAAUAGUACAAGCUCCAAACUGGGAUCACCCAUUUGAGAUUAUGUGUGAUGCAUCUGACUAUGCAGUAGGAGCAGUGCUUGGCCAAAAGAUAGACAAGAAACUCAAUGUCAUCUACUAUGCAAGCAAGACUAUGGAUGAUGCUCAGUGCAAGUAUGCAACCACAGAGAAGGAACUCCUUGCCAUAGUCUUUGCCUUUGAGAAGUUUCGAAGCUAUAUAGUUGGAUCCAAGGUGAUUGUGCACACUGACCAUGCUGCCCUUAGACACAUCUUCGCUAAGAAAGAUACAAAGCCAAGACUUCUCAGAUGGAUCCUUUUGCUUCAAGAGUUUGAUAUAGAAGUUGUGGACAAAAAGGGAGUAGAAAAUGGAGUUGCUGAUCAUCUCUCUAGGAUGCGAGUUGAAGACAUGAUCCCCAUCAAUGAUUCUAUGCCUGAAGAACAGCUUAUGGCAAUCAUGAUCUUGAAGGAGAGUUUUGAUGAGAAAGCCAGGCUGGAAGAAGUUAAGGCUCUGCGUGAUGAGAAUUUGCCAUGGUAUGCUGAUAUAGUGAACUUCAUGGUGUCCGGAGAAGUCCCUAGUAGCUUUGAUGCUUACAAGAGGAAGAAAUUCUUCAAGGAUGCUAGGCAUUACUAUUGGGAUGAGCCCUACCUGUACAAGAGAGGACCAGACAGCAUUUACAGGAGAUGCAUUGCUGAAGAGGAUGUGCAAGGAGUUCUAGAGCAUUGCCAUGGGUCAGUUUACGGAGGUCACUUUGCUACAUUCAAAACAGCAACUAAGGUUUUGCAAUCUGGUUUAUGGUGGCCUACUUUGUUUAAGGAUGCAGCAGACUACAUUGCCAAACUUCAUGGGACCUUUCAAACCUCUUCAAACGGGCACAACUACAUUUUGGUUGCUGUAGACUAUGUAUCCAAAUGGAUUGAAGCCAUUCCCUGCCCAACCUGUGACGCCAAGGUGGUUGUCAAGCUUUUCAGAACCAUCAUCUUUCCAAGGUUCGGCAUCCCAAGGGUUGUUAUUUCGGAUGGAGGCUCCCAUUUCAUCAACAAGGUGUUUGAAAAGUUGAUGAGAAGCCAUGGAGUCAAACACAAGGUCGCCACGCCUUAUCACCCUCAAACCAGUGGGCAAGUUGAAGUCUCCAACAGACAGAUCAAGGCCAUAUUGGAGAAGACUGUGAGCUUCACUAGGAAAGACUGGGCAGCAAGGCUUGAUGAGGCACUUUGGGCUUAUAGAACAGCCUACAAAACCCCCAUUGGAAGGUCUCCUUUCAAUUUGCUGUAUGGGAAGGACUGCCACUUACCUGUGGAGGUCGAAUAUAAGGCUUUAUGGGCAGUAAAGAUGCUGAACUUUGAUAUAAAGGCAGCACAAGAAAGGAGGAUGAGAACCAAGGCAGCCCACGACAAACUGAUUCGCCUUAAGGACUUCAAGGUUGGGGACAGUGUGCUCUUGUAUAACUCCAAGCUAAGGUUGUUUCCCGGGAAGCUGAGGUCAAAGUGGGCGGGACCAUUCAAGAUUCACGAAGUUCUACCCUAUGGGUCCCUCACUUUACUCAAUCAAGAGGGGAAGGAAUUCACAGUGAAUGGACAUAGAUGCAAGCCAUAUCUAGGAAUGACCCCCACAGAGGAGAUCAUCACUCCUCUAGAAGAUCCAACCCCGGCCUAA